AUGCCUACUAGGGUUGAGCCUAUCAGUCAGGGACAGACUCAGGAUAUUGCGGGCACGUCGAGCUCUCAGACCCCGAUGGCUCCUUUAGAGGUACCUACCUCUGUUGCACCGGCUGUAACCACCCCUACUGUAUUUACGGUACCACUAGGGGUACCACUGGCAUACCCGAUACCUGCUCCAGCAGAGCCUGCGGUGUACCCUGUAUCACCACCACAUGGACCUACCGUGUACCCGGCACCAGCAGCGCCCGUGCCCCCAUUGCCUACAGUGUAUCCAGCAGCACCUGCACCAGCGGUACCGGUUGCUCCUCAUUCAGUACCACCCACCAGACAUCCAGUCGCGGCCACCUAUGCUGACCCUGGAGUUCCACCAGAGGCAUAUGCCCCAGUUUAUGCAGCAGCACUGGGAGUACCUCCCACGGUCUAUUUAGCGGUACCCCCUGUAGCGCCAGCUCUAGUGUUUUCGCACGUUUCAGCAGCUAUCCCUACCCACCUCCCAUAUAUAGUCGCGGCACAAGCUCGGAUCCCAGCGUUGGCAGUGGGACUAAUCGGAAGGCUUUCAAAUACACCAAAUGUUGCCUUCACCUAUGAGGUAAACGGUGUUGUUGAUUAUCUAACAAGUCAUGGAGUAAUUGCUUUACCAGGACGACGAUAUAAUACCAGGCAACUGCAAGGAUUAAAUUGGGUGGUGUGCCCAACAAAUAGAAUUAUUCCCUUACAACCUAGAGAGGUAUCAAGUGACAACUCGAUAGAUGGAAGGCUCUCAAUCAGCUUCUCAAAUUAUCAAGCAACCCCAUCAACACGUGAAACAAUCUACAAUAGAAAUGAUGAUGAAGCUCCAAGUGAUGAAGAAGAAUUGAGACUGCAUACAAUAGCAGUCUUAAUUGAAGAAAGAAGGCUCCUCGUGAGAAGAUUGUACCCCUCAGUUGCCUUACCCAGAAGGGCAACUUCAGGAGCUGCUGGCUAUGAUUUACCAAUUAACAGGGCUCAGGAUGUACCUGUAAAUAGCAGGGCAUUAUUAACAACAGGGCUCAGCAUUAAAGUACCUGAUGGGACUUAUGCAAGGAUUGUCGCACAAUCAAGAGCAGCACUAAAAAGAGGAAUAUUAAUUGGAGUCGGCGUAGUGGAUUUUGAUUUUCGAGGUGAAGUAAAAAUUUUAGCAUUCAAUAUCACUGACCAACACAUCUUUCUGCAGAAGAAUGAAUGCAUCGCACAAAUUAUUUUGGAAAAUAUUUCUACACCAGAAGUAUAUGAAGUAGAAAGUUUAGAUAAUACAGUACGAGACACUAAUGCCUUUGGAUCAACAUCAUAA